AUGCACUUCCACCAGGACGCCCUCAACGCGCUGGCGUACGGCCGAAAGCGUUGGUUGAUGUUGCCGCCCCCGCGCGCGGUCUACUCCAAGAGGCACCCCCUGGAGCUCCUGGAUGACGAGCGCUACCUUGCCGGGGGCGAUCUGGAGACUUGGGAGUGCAUGCAAGAGGCAGGGGAUAUCAUGUACGUGCCGAACCACUGGGCACAUGCCACCAUCAACAUCGAGGAGUUCCAUUGGAGUGGCGUACGAGUUUGGCAUCAACGGCAAGACGAUGCACAGCUUCGACGUGAAAUGAUCCAGCGCGGGCCGCCGGAGAAGGGCAGGCACGCGAGCGAGAUGGCCUUCCCUCGCCGCCGCCUCUGCGUCCUCACCGCAGGGCUGGGCUCGAAUUUGCCGCGCGCCCGAGCCAGCCAACGCGGGACGUAG